UUAGAAUAAAGAUAAAUUUUAUCGUGAGUUUAAUUCAGGAAAAGAACUAAAAAAAUAAAAUUAAUGAAUACAUUUGUUUGAAAAAAAAAUGAAUUUGCAUCAAAGUUUGUUAAAGAUCCUAAAUGUUCAUUGAAGAUAAGGAAUUAUUAUUUCAAUAUAGGACCUUACAGGUGCAGACGUAUUGAGAUUUUACAAUCAAUGAUGAGUAAUAUCUCCAAAACCUACACUGAAGAAGAGAUUAAAGAAUACCUGUCAGUCCUACAACAAGAGUCUACUCAAGCUUUCAUACCAACACUGGUUUACCUGUCUCUGCUCAUUGUUGUGGGCAGCAUAGGUAACUGUCUGGUUCUAGUAAUUUACUCUGCAAAGAUGACCAGGACACCUCUGAGACUAUACAUAAUCGUCGUGGCCGCUUAUGAUUUGAUUAUAAAUCUGUUGAUCAUACCUGGAGAUAUGUACGAUACCUUUCAUGUGUGGGACAAUGAUUGGCCAAUUUUCUGUAAACUUAGACGAUUUUUAAACGUAUCAUGUGUCAUGUCUUCUAACUUUGUUUUGGUUGCCAUAGCAAUUACAAGGUACAAAAUGGUGUGCACUCCUCGCGACAGACAAGUAACAGUAAAUCAGGCGAAAGUUUCAACAAUUGUGAUGCUGUUUGUCGGCCUUGUUUUAUCCAUACCUUAUAGUGUCAUCCAUGGAAGUCAAACCAUUUCAACACCAGUUCCUGGAAUCUAUGGUCACUUCUGUCAGAUAGACGACUAUUACUUAACAACAAAAUGGCCUCAAUUAAACUCCAUAUUUUUCAUAGUCAUUUUCUUCAUGUGCUGUACAAUUGUUUUUGUUUUCUACAUAUGUAUUGGAUGCAAGACUUGGAAACACAGACAGAUUAGCAAGGGUCUCAAACUUGUUUGCAAGACUUCUAGAUGCGAAGAAAGUAACUUUAUCUUAAGCAGCAGCUCUACGCUCAGACGUACAGAGGGACGAAAUCAAUCGACUAAUUCAGGAUCGCUGCAAUACAGACAGCAGAUUGCCUCAAAGAGAUUGAGAAAGAAAGGCGUGUAUAACAUCGAGCUCCACUACAGCAACAACAGGAGGGAAGUGAAGGACUCUGGGAUCGAAAGGAAGAACUCAAUGUUGAGAACUGAAGAUAGGAUGAUAACAAUGCGAAACUCUCAAACAAAGAAAGUCUCAUUACUAGCAGAAAUAAAUUUGACUAAAAGUAAGAAACGAAGAAGUCUAUUUGGAAGGACUUCCUGGAUGAUGAUCACUGUCAGUCUGGCUUUCCUUAUUGGAUAUAUGCCGUUUCUCGGAUUAAACUUUUACAAGACAGCUGCUCCAGAAAGUUAUGCAUCUCUGAAAGGAGUUUCACUGGCGAUGUAUCAGCUUUUCUUUAGAUCCUAUUUGCUCAAUAGCGCUGUCAAUCCAAUAGUUUACAGUUUAUUGGAUCCAAAGUUUAGAAAAGAAUGUUUCAAAUUCUUGACAUGCUACAAAUACAAAUAGGUGAAUACUCUAACAUCGAGUGAAAGUUGUUGUAAUGCUUUUGCUUAUAUACAUGGUUGAUCUGAAUUUAAACUUCUCACCUUCACAAGCAGUAACACGUCAAACAAACAAGAAUCACACUUAACAUGCUACUUACAAAGUCGCACCUCUCUGUUAUAGUUCAGGAUUAUCACAAACUUUCUUUUUCAUCUUACCAUAAAAAUGUUUUUACGCACGAGCAUUUCGAGACGAGGAUUAACUGUUUUCUAAACAGGACCGUGAAUCCAGUAGUUUUACAGUUUAAUGCGCAAGAAAUUUAAUGAUGACUCUCAACAAAAAUAUCUGUAAAGUAAAUAAAUGAAGCGUCUGACAAGGUGAUCCGACAAAAUAGCGCCGACAAAAUAGCGCCGACAAAAUAGCGCCGACAGAAUAGCGCCGACAAAAUAGCGCCGACAGAAUAGCGCCGACAGAAUAGCGCCGACAGAAUAGCGCCGACAAAAUAGCGCCGACAGAAUAGCACCGACAGAAUAACGCGUUGUCUCUUUGAUCAAACCAGGGCGUCUCUUGGCGCAACAUUGGCAAACUUAAGUGUGUUAGGAUAAGUUAAGAUGGCGAUCACAUUUAUUAUCUCGCCAAACUUUUGUUUAAUCUCAGGCAGUGACUGACCAGUUCAAUCAUUAAUUUUGCAAUUCCCGUGCGUCUUUGUCUAACACUAUUACAUAAAUAUGAAAGUUUAGGAGUGUCGAUAUGGAUUGUAGGCCUCAAUCAACUUAACGCCUCUCCCAAGCACACCCUCCAACAUCCAUAAGACAAGAAUAUAAGCCCCGCCCCUUCCUCUCGAUAUGAUGCAUUCUUUUCCAUGACAAAAUUCAGCAGCUGUUUGUACACGACUAUUGGGAGCACAACUUUAUUAGUCGAUAGAGACGAAACCUAAGGGUGACUCCAAGAUUUCCGAUAGCAUUAUGGAAUGUUAAAGAUCGAGUACAGGACAUUCUGCAAGGAACAAACAAUUCAAUGGAGGGAUGGCACCAUACAUUUGAACUGUCUAUUGACGGUCAUCACCACAAUGUCUACAAGUUAAUCUAUCCAACUGAACAGACGUCUUGCAGCUAUAUUGCCCACAUACGGAAACAAGCCACUGUUCGAUUUUCUACGUAACAUUGCAUACAAUUUAACUUUGUGAAAGUUUGUGAAAGUGUGUGUGUGUGUGUGUGUGUGUGUGUGCGCGCGUGUGUGUUCGUGUGCGUGUGUGUGUGUGUGUGUGUAUAUAUUUUUUUUUUAAAUUUGACAAGUAUGAAGUAUCAGCGUGUUUUUGAAGUGUACUUUUGGAGUUCCAUUAAUUGUAUAUUUUAGCUUAUUAUAAUUCUUGCAUAAUGCUAUUUAUAUUUUAAGAUCUCUAAAAGUGCCUCCUGCAAAAUAACUGUAAAAUAAAAAUAACAUUGAAAUUAAACAAAAAUAUUGGCUCUAUUCGUAUUUUACGAUAUCUUUAAGUGUUUCUUGCAAAAUAACUGAAAAAUAUUUUUUUCCGCGUUAUUUUAAGGGCGCUAUUUUGUUCGCAGAAUAAUUGAUCAAAGUAU